UGUUUGCAUUGUGUCUGAACUGCCGGCGAGCUUUAAAAAAUAUUAUACCAACAGCAGCAAUGUCGGGUAGGUCGGUCCGCGCGGAGACCCGGAGCAGAGCGAAAGAUGACAUCAAGCGGGUUAUGGCCGCUAUUGAGAAAGUACGAAAAUGGGAGAAAAAAUGGGUGACAGUUGGUGACACCUCUCUACGUAUCUACAAGUGGGUCCCAGUAGCAGAGCCCAAGUCAGAUGAUAAGAGCAAGAACAAGAAGAAAGGCAAGGAUGAGAAGUAUGGGUCAGAGGUCACGACCCCAGAAAAUAGCUCCUCCCCUGGGAUGAUGGACAUGCAUGACGACAACAGUAACCAGAGCUCCAUCGCAGACUCCUCCCCCAUCAAGCAGGAGACCAGCUGCAGUGCCAGCCCUGCCCCUGAGCCCAUGGCUGUCUCCCAGAGCGACAGUAACGAGGCCAAGAGUGACCAGAGCCAGUCCCCUGGUAAGGAGCCGCUGGGCUCUGACAACAAAAGAGGCAAGAGUCACCCCUCCUCUGAUACCUCUGUGUCUGGCGUGAGCAAGAAAGAUGCCCAGUCCUCGGGGGAGAAAGAACUGUCAUCGGAAGCUGCCAAAACCACUCAGGAAUCAGAAGAUGGAGCUCCUCCCUGUAAGAAGGGCAAACUGGAUUCUCCCUCCCGAGACUUUGAGGAGAGCUAAAGGCCCCACAUACAAUCUAAUUCUCUCUAACACCUCUAUGUGUAUCAGCCUGCCCCGGCCCUAACACCCCUCCUUCUUGUAAGGGGCAAAGACAGCAUCGCUCUCUACUGAUCCUGUCACGUCCCCCCCCCCCCCGGUCCCC